CUCCUUUAAUUAUUAUUUUCUUCACUCCCAAACUCAAGAAAACAGUCAAAUCCAAGGGCUAUGGGGUUCUCUAUCUGGCUCUCUCGCUUACGCAGCUUGUCCUCUUCCUACUUCAGUUUCUCCGAUUUCCGGGCUUCCAGAAACGUCCGAAAUCUUCUCACAUCCAACGCCGGUAACACAAGUAGCAGCGGCGGCAGCUCGAGAACUAAGCAGCCGUUUCUCUUGUUAUCGAGCUCUGUGAUUCCUUUGGCCGUUUCUGUUUCGGCUAUUCAAUUGCAAUCUUCGUUUCCUUCUCUCUGCGAUUCCUCCACUUACGAUUCUCGAGGCAUAAGCAUUGGUGGGAAAGGAAGUACAGAAUAUGAAGUAAAGGGAUCUCACAAGGAAGUUUCACAGGAGAUUAUUGAUGAACUAAAGGACAUUUGUCAAGAUAAUGUAACAAUGGAUUAUGAUGAGAGGUACUUCCAUGGAAAACCACAAAAUAGUUUUCACAAAGCAGUUAAUAUUCCUGAUAUCAUUGUUUACCCGAGGUCUGAAGAGGAAGUUUCCAAGAUUGUAAAAUGUUGUGACAAACAUAAAGUUCCUAUUGUACCUUAUGGUGGAGCAACUUCAAUUGAGGGUCACACCUUAUCUCCUCAUGGAGGUGUUUGCAUUGACAUGUCAAUGAUGAAAAGUGUUAAAGCAUUACAUCUUGAGGACAUGGAUGUUGUUGUUGAGCCUGGGAUUGGAUGGAUGGAGCUUAAUGAAUACUUGGAGCCAUACGGUCUAUUCUUUCCUCUUGAUCCUGGGCCGGGUGCUACCAUCGGGGGGAUGUGUGCUACACGUUGCUCUGGUUCUUUAGCAGUAAGGUAUGGAACAAUGCGUGAUAAUGUCAUCAAUCUCAAGGUGGUUCUUGCCAAUGGAGAUAUUGUCAAGACAGCUUCUCGUGCACGAAAGAGUGCUGCAGGGUAUGAUUUGACCCGCCUUAUAAUUGGAAGUGAGGGAACCUUGGGUGUGAUAACAGAAGUUACAUUGCGGCUUCAGAAAAUUCCUCAGCAUUCAGUGGUUGCAAUGUGCAACUUUCCGACUAUUAAGGAUGCAGCAAAUGUUGCUAUUGCUACCAUGUUGUCUGGUAUACAGGUGUCAAGGGUAGAGCUGCUGGAUGAGGUUCAGGUUAGAGCUGUCAACAUUGCUAAUGGGAAGAAUUUGCCUGAACUUCCAACUCUGAUGUUUGAAUUUAUAGGCACUGAGGCAUAUUCAUGCGAGCAAACGUUAAUUGUUCAGAAGAUUGUUUCUGAGAACAAUGGCUCAGAUUUUGUUUUUGCGGUAGAGCCUGAAGCUAAGAAGGAACUUUGGAAGAUAAGGAAGGAAGCACUCUGGGCUUGCUUUGCAAUGGAACCUAAUUUUGAGGCAAUGAUAUCAGAUGUAUGUGUACCUCUAUCUAGGCUUGCAGAAUUAAUAUCCAAAUCAAAACAAGAGCUUGAUGCAUCACCGCUUGUUUGCACAGUUAUUGCUCAUGCUGGUGAUGGUAACUUUCACACUGUGAUUCUGUUUGAUCCAAAGGAAGAGGAACAGAGGCAAGAAGCAGAAAGGCUAAACAAAUUCAUGGUCCAUGCUGCACUGUCAAUGGAAGGAACCUGUACCGGUGAACAUGGUGUUGGCACAGGGAAAAUGAAGUAUCUUGAAAAGGAGCUUGGAAUAGAAGCUUUGAAGACAAUGAAAAGAAUAAAAGGAGCUCUAGACCCAAACAAUAUCAUGAAUCCAGGAAAGCUCAUUCCUCCACAUAUUUGCUUCUAAUUUCCCCUCCAAUCCCAAGGCUGAUCUGCACAGAUAGUUGUUUGUGAAAGUGGCAUCAACAUAAUGCAGGUUCCUGUGCCUCUACAGCAUCAGAGUUGGUAACUUUUUUCAUAUCUCCUUCCCAUGAAGAUAAAAAAACUUCCUAUUCACUGUGAGCUAUAAUGAUCACGAGUGGGGUGGGGUGCAUAGUUUUUUUUU